AAGCAAUGAAAUUAUCUUUUCUCUCUUUCGCCUCCUCCCAAAUUCUAUCUUACUUCUCUGUUCUCUCGAUCUUUUAUCCAAAAUUCCUUCAAAUCACAUUAUAAUUUUCAGAAAAUUACAAGUAAUAGCCUAGAUCUAUUACAUACUUACUUAAGUGAAACUAUAUAUAUAUUCGAUCGUAAUAAAUUCAACUAUUUAAACAAAAAUUCAUCUUGUUCUUUGCUAUGUCUUUUUUGGGGAGGAAUAUGGCACACAGAGAGAGAGAGAAAAAAUAAGACUUUUGUACUUGCUGGUGGAGGAGGUGAGAACAAUUGUUUUCUUUUCAAGAAUCUACUUUUGGGAUCGUCUGCAUUUUUACCGCUUGUGGGUUUUCAGGCGUAUCAAAGACUUUAAUUUCUUGCUGCUUUUUCUGAAAAAUUUAACUUCCCCUAUACGCAAUUCUCUUCGUUCCAGUCAGAUCAGACUAUCUUUACUCAUGGCAACACCAAAUAUCCCAAAGAUUACUGAGGAGCUUUGGGUGUCAGAAAUUACUUCUGUAAAAUCCCAUGCUUGUUUGCUGCUAUCUCUCAUUAUCUCAAUACGUUACUCUCUAAUUUUACUCUGAAACUCUUAUGCUGGUUACAGAGAAAUGGAAUUGAAUUCAUCAAUGCCUUCCUCGAGCCUUAUUGAUCAACAAGUGGGUAAGUUGUAAGUCGCUUCUGGUCAUCACUCAUCAGCCACGGCCAACACUCGAUCUCGUUGUUGUGGGCUGCUAUCUCUCAACACAUUACUUUCCUACUUGAAAUUACAUCUUAGAAAGUUGGUCUUUUUGAGUGCACAGUUAAAGUAGUAAUGGAUUUGUGGCAGUCUUAUGGUCACUGUGAUCGACUAAGUGCGUUUCCCGACUCCUUAAUCCUUAUGAUUCUUUCACUGUUGGAGACGCGGUAUGUUGUUAGGACAACACUACUGUCCAAACGUUGGAGAGAUCUUUGGACCACUGUGCCCCGCUUGAAAUUUGUACGUGAUAAUCAACAUUUUAUUUGUGGUGUUCUUGCAAAUUGGAGAGGUGCAAAGAUCGUGAGCUUCUACAUUUCUUUGAUUAUUUAUUCGGCUCGUGCAAGUGAUCUUGAUUCGUGGCUGCUUUUUGCGGUCGAAAAACAAGUAGAAGAGCUAUACGUAGAUUUUGGGACCAAUGUCCGUUACCGACCACCUCAGCGUUUGUAUUCAUGCUCAUCCAUUACAGAAUUACACCUUGCUUGUUCUUUGUUGGAGAUUGAGGGGAGUGUGCAGUGGAAUCGUCUCAAGAGUUUAUUUAUUGAAGUUCCGAAUUCCUCGUGUGCUGAUGCCAUGAACAAAAUUCUCUUGGGUGCCCCUCACUUGGAAAAGAUGAUAUUGUCUAUUGGUAAAAUUACUGAAAACUUCAGUAUCCGAUCUACUAGUUUGAAGAAGCUCAUAAUCCACAACCGCCAUUGGCGGGUUGAUGUUGACAUAAUGGCAUUGCUGAGAAUUUGGGCCCCUAAUCUCUUAACUCUACGAAUUUGGAGAGCAAAUGUUGUUAAUGGUGGUAGUUGUUUGUUUAAUGUUCCAUCUUUGACUAGAGCUUCUUUUAGUCGAUUUUGUGAGGUGUAUGAUCCCCCUCUUGAAACGUUUUAUUACCUCCUCCGAAGCAUCUGCCAUGUUAAGAAGCUCAAAUUAUCGGCUUUGAUCCUUAAGUUGCUUCUCGCCUCGAAGAAGAAAGAUAUGGUUGUUCAAUUUCCGAAUGCUGAGUAUCUAAGACACCAGGGCAUGGAUGCACGUGGUCAUCUUGAUCUUCUAGAGCUUCUUGAUCUUCUUGAGAUGUUUCCUAAGCUGAAGAUGUUAUUUAUUUUUCAAUUCCGGCUUUUGCAGGAUUUUAAUCCCAUUGUUGAGACGACAUUCCCCCGUCCCUCGCUGCUCCAUCUAAAUACAAUUGUGAUUAUUUGGUCCGCAAAAGACCCCUCAAUAAUUCCAUUUAUUGAAAUUCUCUUGCAAAAUGCUCCCUUUCUUCACACGCUCGUGCUUCGUCUUAUAAAGUCUGAAGAUGAUCGUCGCUCCUUUUUAAUGGUAGAAGAGAAGGUGCGAAGCAUGCCAAGAUCCUCCCCAGCUGCUGAGGUUGUUGUGGUUGAGCUCAAUUAAUCAAAGAGGUUAUUAGAAAGGAAGUCACAUUUGUUCUUAUGUAGUUGUUUAUUUUAUGUACUUGUUUCUUGUUUGCUUUAUUGUGUAUGCUAUGGCAUGUUUUUAAGUAGCAACAUAAUUAACUAUUUUGACGCAAUUUGCUAUAAAUUAGUUUUCAGUUUAUCUUUACUUC